AUGUUGCCAAGCAGUUUGCAGACUUUGACCUUUGGCUACAUGUUUAACCGGAAGUUGAACGCCGCCGCCCUGCCAGACAGCCUGCAGACUCUUACCUUCGGCUUUCUGUUUAACCAGAGCUUGGAAGGUGUGACAUUACCAAGCAGCCUGCAAACGUUGAGCUUCGGCGCCUAUUUUAACCAGAGCUUGGAAGGUGUCAUCUGGCCAAGCAGUCUGCAGACUUUGACCUUUGCCGAGAAAUUCAACCAGAGCUUGGAAGGUGUUGAUUUGCCAAGCAGCCUACGGAGCUUGACCUUCGGCAGUGGCUUUGACCAAAGCUUGGAAGGUGUCACUUUUCCAAGCAGCCUGCAGCACUUUGGCUUCAGGAGUUUCAGGAUUUCUUGCAGUGCAUAA